UGUGUACGCCAAGUGGGGGAGGCAAGGAGAAGCUGAAAAGCCCCUCCCACUGAAGCCGGCGGUUACAGCCGCGCGCAAGACCACCCACCAGCCAGGAGCGGUCGCAGGACCCGCAGGGUCGCAAGGCCUUGUUUACACCGACUGCGGCCGCAGCGUUGGCCAACCGCUCCUCCGUCACGCGCCUCCUUCGUCAUGCAUCUCCUGGCUUCCCGGCCGGAGGACUGCGGACGUCAAGCGUUGCCCCUGACGGCCCCGCCCCCUUGGCCAGCUAACUGGACAGCUGAGCACAGUGAUUGACAGGAUGAUAGGAAAUUAAAUCAUACUGAAGAUGGUAAAUAAAGGAAAAGAAUCCGUUACCUUGCUGCUUCUCUAUAAACUGUCCCUUGAGGACUGAUGGAGACCCAGAUCUCUCUCUGACUUGGGACAGAGGGCCUGUGAACCCCAUGGGAACAUUUGGGUAUACUCACCAGGUGCACCCCUCCCAAUCCAGCCCCAGAAUGGCACUGCCUCCCAGCCCCUUGGCAAUGGAAUAUGUCAAUGACUUUGACUUGAUGAAGUUUGAGGUAAAGCGAGAACCCUCUGAGGGGCGAUCUGGCCCCCCAACAGCCUCACUGGGCUCCACACCCUACAGCUCAGUGCCUCCUUCACCCACCUUCAGUGAUCCAGGCAUGAUGGGGGCCACCGAGGCUCCCCGGCCAGGUCUGGAGGAGCUGUACUGGUUGGCCACCUUGCAGCAGCAGCUGGGGGCUGGGGAGGCACUGGGCCUGAGUCCUGAGGAGGCUGUUGAGCUGCUGCAGGGUCAGGGGCCGGUCUCUAUUGAGGGGCCCCACAGCUACUACCCAGGGAGCCCAGAGGAGACAGGAGCCCAGCAUGCCCAGCUGGCGGAGCGGUUUUCGGAUGCGGCGCUGGUGUCGAUGUCUGUGCGGGAGCUAAACCGGCAGCUGCGGGGCUGCGGGCGCGAAGAGGCGCUGAGGCUGAAGCAGAGACGCCGCACGCUGAAGAACCGCGGUUACGCGCAGGCCUGCCGCUCCAAACGGCUGCAGCAGCGGCGGGGGCUAGAGGCUGAGCGCGCCCGCUUGGCCGCGCAGCUGGACGCGCUGCGGGCCGAAGUGGCUCGCCUGGCCAGGGAGCGCGAUCUCUACAAGGCUCGCUGUGACCGGCUGACCUCGAGUGGCCCAGGGGCCGGGGACCACGCCCACUUCUUCCUUUGAGUCGCUAGGGGCUGCCGAGUGGUGUGGUUUUGGUUAUGGAUCCUGGAUUGGAUGACUUCUGACACCUUUCCAGUUCUGGCAUCUCCCAAGAGUCUUCCCAAGAGCCCCCCAAGACACCCUUCACCAAAGGGAGUUCCUGUCCUGUUCCUGCUUCCUGAAUGCAGCCUACGCAGUGGAUGAGCCAGGGGGCUGGUCCUCUGCUGCUAGAGAGCAAGCUGCCUUGGCCUCCACACCUGCAAGGGUACACUUGCUACCUCCUGCUUUGCUGAGGGCUGAGGUGAGCCUUUGCCCAGCAUGACAAGAUGCUGAAAGAAGGUGGUUUUUGUGAAUUAAACUUGAAGUUCAGGCAUAACUUUA